UUAUAUUAAUUAAACUAGUUAGAACUAUAUUCUAUGAAGUCUUGGCGAGCCAGUUCACGCCAUUUUCGCUUCGCCUAUGUAAAACUCCAGAUAUUUUUGUCUGGUUAGUCAUAGAAACCUAAUAGCACGUUCUAGUCACAUGACGUCACAAGAGAGGAUUAGAUAAAACCCUGGCGUCGAUGUAAAUGUUCAUUAAUUAUACAAAAGGACUGGAUGUAUUAAAUAUUAUAUUCAGAAAUGUAAAUUAGAUAAACCAGUGACGUUGAUGUAAACGGAAAGUUUAGUUCAAAAUGAGGUUCAAAGCUUUGUAUUGUGUCUGAGCGAACCGUUUGAUAUCGGAUGAAGAACAGGAACUUAUAUAUUCUUAAUUUUAGAUUUAACUUUAAACCAGGAAACACGAUUAUUUUACAUUUUAGCAAAAUAAAAAAAAUCAUUGAAUGUUUUAAGAUGUUGGAUUAAGUGUGAGUGGUUAUAUUUUAGAAAAUUAUAAAUGGUGAGGACAGACAUUAUCUAUUGGAUAUAUUUUGGUUUUACAACACGAUAAAAAAAAGAUCCCCGCGACGUGAACACGGUGUGACAUUUUGUAAGAGACUUGAAGUAAAUAUCAGAGGUCGAACUGGAAGAUUUUUUAAGAUGAUGUUUUACGAGAGGGGAUUUGAAUUUUAUACAUGUUUUACAUUUAUAGUUGGAGUCGACAGACUAGGAUAGGGUUUAAUGGACUGACUGGGAUAGUGUUUACUUGGGAUUUUAAGCGAAACGAAAGGUUAAUGUGCUUUGAUAUAUUUUUUUAUCAGGUUUCUAAAGGAUAUGUCACAUGUUUUUGUGGAAAUAUUUUGAGUGGCAGUAAAAUGUGAGUCCUUCCUGGUCUAAAAAUACGAGACGUUGACUUAAAAAAAAGUGUUGUAUAUUAACCAUACAUGUAGAUAAUGCAGACAAACUGUUCAAUAAUGUAUAGACAGAACAAACCGCACAUAAAUACAGGAAAUACAAUAUACAUAUACACUAAAACAAUCAUUUCCUCCGUUAUAUUGUAGACGGAAUAAAGUGAUAUCGCAGACGGAGCACAGUGAUAUCGCAGACGGAACACAGUGAUAUCGCAGACGGAACACGGUGAUAUCCCAGACAGAACAAAGUGAUUUCGCAGGCGACAAAGUGAUAUCGGAUACGGAACACAGUGAUAUCGCAGACGGAACAAAGUGAUAUUGCAGACGGAACAAAGUGAUAUCGCAGCCGGAACUAAGUGCUAUGACAGACGGAAUACAGUGAUAUCGCAGACGGAACUAAGUGCAUGUUAUCGCAGACGGAACUGAGUGAUAUCGCAAACGGAACACAGUGAUAUCUCAGACGGAACAAAGUGAUAUUGCAGACGGAACACAGUGAUAUCGCAGACGGAACUAAGUGAUACCUCAGACGGAACUAAGUGCAUGGUAUCGCAAACGGAACUGAAUGAUAUCGCAGACGGAACACGGUGAUAUCGCAGACAGAACAAAGUGAUAUCGCAGGCGACAAAGUGAUAUCGGAUACGGAACACAGUGAUAUCGCAGACGGAACAAAGUGAUAUUGCAGACGGAACAAAGUUUCGUAGCGUGUCUAUUCUCUGGCGGUUAGGAAAUCUAUAAUAUAUUGGGGAAGAACAAAACUAAAAAAUAAAACAAUUAUCUGUCAAGUUGUGGAUUAUAUUUGUAUACCGUUGACACGAGAGGUUCACAAAAUGAAUAUAUAUUAACUAUGUGGUUUAAAACAAAAUAGACUGACAAGUCUUGGAUAUAUUGGAAAUAACAAUUCACAUUUAAGAAAAAAGAACCAAUUACACAACGUUGAAUAUGUUGUUAGGAUUAUAGAGAAGAGUCAACAAGACUUGGAUGAGUCAAUCCUUUGUUAGGGGACAGGUGUAACUGGUGUUGAAAUAGGGGACCAACCAAACCCGAACCCCAAACAGGACCAUCCAUAAAAUAUAAACAUCAUGAUUGAUGUGAAGGUUGUCAGGAGUAUGCUGACGUCACGUAAUUUCUACGCCUGUAGAUACGGACUACUUUUCUUUGUUGGUGUGGUAUUUGGUAGUAUGGUUAUGUUUUAUUCAAGUGUUGAUAUAUCAAGUGUAACAGUUGGAACACAAUAUUUAUGGUCAGAGAAAGAAAGGGCAUAUAUUGCUGUUAGAGGACAUAAUAAAAUAGACGCACCCUCCGUCCAAUAUGUUAUGAUUUUAACAUACAUGCGCAGUGGAUCAUCGUUUACGGGAGAUGUGUUACAGCGCCACCCUCAUGCAUUUUAUGUGUUCGAGCCUUUAAUAUCAAUAUACCACGAUAGAUAUAUACUAUAUUUAAACGGUACUAGAAGGAACCUCACCAUGGAAACCGACCUUCGAAAGGAAGCACUGACCCAAUUACUAGCCUGGUAUACGUGCGACUUGUAUCAACUUGAUGUGAAAGCUUUACGAUAUCUGUUCCUUGAUUUUGGACGUCAAACUUCAAACUAUUAUCAUUGUAUAGGAAGAGAAAAAAGUUUAGCCAAAAUAAAAAAAUGUCUUCCAGAUUUAAUCCGUGAGUGCAAAAACUCUAACGUAAGAAUAAUAAAAACAAUACGAAUGACAAUGAAUUCAGCGAAACCCCUUUUAGAAAAUUAUCCCAAUUUUAAAAUCAUUCAUUUAAUAAGAGAUCCGCGAGGAAUUUUUAACUCCCGUAUUGCAACAGAGCCGAAAUAUUUCCCUAGAAGCAGAGUGCGCACGCAUACUACAGAAUUGUGCGCGGAGAUGUCGAGGGACAUGUCUGUCACUAACGCCAUAAUAAAAGACUACUCGACUAGACUAAUUGUUUUACAGUAUGAAAAUCUAGCCGAGCAUCCAUAUAAAACCACAGCGCGUUUAUACGAUUUUCUCGGCACGACACCGUCGUUGGAGAUUUACGGCUAUGUGUUCUGUAUUACGUCGAUGGGGGGCGUGGCUGAGCGUAACUAUGACAUCAAGAGAAGUAACUCUACGUCAACAGCCAACAAAUGGAAGAAAGAUUUGAGAAGAGCUGAGAUAUUUAUAAUAGACAGUGUUUGUAAAACAGCGUAUAAACAAUUGGGGUAUUCCCCAGUGGCGAAUAUAUCGUAUCAUACACGCAUCAAUACAUUACAAUAAACUGUAUCAGUAUUUUUAAUACAAUAAUAUUUUGUUA